GCACGUCAUGAGGUCAUGAAGUCGCAAUCAAAAUAAUAAUCCGAAAAAUAAAUAGAGUAAAAUCCGAUUGAAGUCGUGUUUAAUCUUUGCAUUAAACUCUCUCUCUAGCAGUGAAAGACUGAUCUGGCAACCCGAAAGCUUUCAUAUGAUCGAGGAAAUGGCAAUCUCAAACAAAAUCGCCGAGGAAGGGCAAGUUAAGACGGUGAAGGGAGGCAAAUGUUUUUAUUUGAAAAAAAUGAUCGGAGAUUACAUAGACACGGCUGUUCGCAUCGGAGCUACCGUGUUUCUGGCCGACUUCCUUAAACGCCUUUACCAUUGCGGCGUGGAAUAUUGGCGCUAUGUCAACUACUAUUUGCCCGAGGAUCGGCUGUGGACUAUUUUGCGUCGGGGCUAUGCGUACAGCAAUAAAUCGGUCUACCUCAUCAUGGCCUUCCUUCUCGUGGGAUUCUCGCGGACAUCUAUGACCGGCGAUUUCAGAAUCAUUAUUCCUACAGCCACCUUUUUGGUCUAUAUGCCACUCUACUGGGUGUUCAGUGAUCUAGGUCACAGCACCCUCACCUACUCAAAAUGGAUUAGGGAGCCGCACGGGCUGGACUAUGCGGAGGGCAUGGCAUCGAACUACUUCCACGGAUACAUUAAGCUGGCCCUGCCCGAGCUCAAGAACGAUGGCCUUAAACAUCGGAUGGCGGUCUAUGAGGAUAAAAACAAUGUCACUUUCGGAAUUGACCGACUGGUUAUCCUUAUUCCCGACGAAAUGUGGGUCAAAGGCGAUUUCGACAGCAAAUUGUUGGAAAAAACUACGCCCCUAGAGACGAGAUUCAUUAACCGAGCCGGAGUGUAUCGUCCUUUUAAGCAUGACGUCUACAAGCUGACCCGGAAGGUUAAUGGGAUGAAUUAUUACUUUGCCAUUGAGGGUGCCACGCCAAUGUUGUCCUUCUAUGACGCUAUGCAAUCUACCUUGUCGGCCACCUGGCAGAUGCGAGAGCUGAAGCGGGAGAUAUGGCUCAAGUUCGCUAAGCAUUUGAAGAAGCUUAUUUCCAAAUGCCCGGAGACCAGAAACGAAGUGCAUCUCCUCGUGUACAGUUCGCAUGAUAAGCAUGGUAAUCUUGUUGACGUCGGAGACAUGUUAAUCGAUCACAUCCGGAACAAAACUGAAACUUUAAGUUUGGGAAACGAGAAAUAUGACAAAAUCAGUAAUAUCAGUAAUAUAUAAUAUGUAAUUAGG